AUGUCCAACGCCAAAGUUCUAUCGACCAAGCUUGUCACCACAAUUACCAAAGACAGCCGAGUGGUCCAAAUUGGUUUUGUAGAUAAGACAGAUAUAUGGAACAGGACGGUGCUCAGCGCCGAGGUUCAGCAAAAGUUCACAAAGGUGGCAGAGGGAUAUAUCGACACUCUUCGUCCGGACACCAACACAGUUGCUCUCCAAGAGACUCCUCAUAAGAGUGAGUCCGAUAACCGGACACAUUUUACGGCAGUAGAGUUAGACGGGUCGGGUAAAGUCACAGCCAAACGGCACUUUACAGUCGAUUAG